UUUAUUUACUCUUUGAUUCGUACUUUACUCCGAGACAGUCACCACCCACUAUUUCAGUUUUUCGAUCUGGUCACCAACCCCGCACUCAAACUCAGUCAUGGCAUUCGUUCGCAAAACUGAAAAGGCUCAGCUGCAUGUUCCAGACCUAGAGGAACUGCGUAGUGUACUUCAAACAGGGCUGGAAGAUAACUUUGCAGAAAUUAAAGUGAGUGUUGUGGAAUGUCCUGAUCUCACUAAGGAGCCGUUCAACUUUCCUGUUAAGGGUUUGUGUGGAAAUCCUCGGGUCAUAGAUGUGGGAGGAGUACCAUACCUGGUUCCUCUGGUUCAAAAGCACAAGGAGUAUGACAUGAAUACUUUAUCAAGGGAGUUGGAGCUACCAGGGGCAUUCAUGCUUGGUGCAGGAGCCGUUUCCUCGAGGAUUGUGGGAAUGAAUGCAGAGUUGAUUCCGCUGGUUCUGACUGAAGCAGACGGAAGACCCGCAGUGAAUAGCAGCUACUUCUCCUCCAUCAAUCCAGUGGAUGGCCAGUGUCUGCAAGAAAGAUACAGCGACAAAUUCUCUGACUGCAACUUUGGACUGCUGGGGAACCUUUAUGCUUGUGAGGGGAGGCCAGGAAAGGUCAUUGAGGUGCGGGCCAAGAGAAGAACGGGAGAUCACAGUAUUGUGACGGCCUUGAGAAAGACUCUGGAGGUUCACUACCCUGAUAAAAGCCUGGCUCUGGGGGGGACCUUCAUCAUCCAGAAGGGGAAAGCUAAAAUCCACAUAAUGCCCAGAGAGUUCUCGGCGUGUCCGCUCACUUCAAACGAAGAGGUCAACAGCUGGCUCAAACACUUUGAGGUGAAAGCCCCACUCAUCUGCCAGUCGGUGCUUGUAUCCAAAGAUCCUGGACUUGACUUACGUGUGGAGCACACCCACUGCUUCAGUCCUCAUGGAGAAGGUGGCCACUACUACAUCGACACCACACCUGACAGCGUGGAAUACUUGGGCUACUUCGUACCUGCGGAGUUCAUGUACCGCAUCGACAGGCCCAAAGAGACCCAUGCAGUCGGAAAAGAUUAAACAAGAAUUGCAUGGUGCAUUGGUGUUAACGAUGAAAAUCAGGACCACAUAAAUUGUCUUUUUUGGGGGGGGGAGACGGUUUCCAUUGAAUUGAAAUGUUGCAAAUCAAUAUCUUGUAUUUGUGGUGAUACAGGCUUGGGUAUAAAAUUAUUGCACUGUAUAAUGUGGAAUGUACCACAGGAUUAAUAAACCCUUUUAAAAUAAA